UUUUAGUAGCUAGUUAUACGAUAUUUUCUCGAACUUGUAAGCAAUGAACAAUAAUAAUAAAAAUAUAUAAAUAAAAUGUUGAUUAACGCAAAGAGCAUCCUUUACAAGGAAAUGGUGGAAAAGCUGUACCACAAAUGCCAAAGGAUACAAGCGGAAAAUGAACGAUGUGUGAUGAGGGUAAACGGCAUUAAGAAGAUUAUCAGGCGUCGCGAUUACGACGUUAAGCUGCUAAAGAAACGGCUAGAUAAGCAUGGCGACAACUGGAGAUCAGUACCCAUGGAGGCACCGCAUCCGAAAGGAAAAACUGAGCAGAAGCGUCGUGGACCAAAACCGAAAAACAAACAACCCAUCGACGGGGAGGCCACGGCUCCUGGUUCUACUAUUCCAGCGGCUAAAAAGCCACGAAAACAACGUGUUAAGCAACCCACUAGCCCGAGCUCCAUCGUACAGCCAAUACAGCCACAAACAACCUUAACGUAGUAUAUAUCAAAACCAACUUUAAGAUACAUAAUAAAAUUUAGGCAUAAAAUCAUUAUAAUUUUAUAACUUCUUUAAAAAUCAAGUUUUUCCUUAAGAAAACUAUCUUUGAAAGUCAAA